UCACUACAUGUAACCACUUAAGCAAGCAGGUGAGCACUGCAAAAUCGCCAAUCCCAACCGCGCCACUGUCGGUGUCGGCAUCGGCGCUGGAGGACCUCGAGCUCGAAAUCUUGCCUCCCAUGGCCUCCACCUCGAGGCGGUGGUGGUGGUGGCCGUGGGCGACGCCGCCGCCCUUCUCCUCCUCCGCCUCGCGGCACCACAAGGGGGAGGGGUGGGGGCUGGGCGGGCCCGCGCUGGUGAAGGCCGUCGGGUGGCUCCUCCUCGCCGGCCUCCUCUUCCGUGUGCUCUGCUCCUUCCCCUCCUCCACCUCUUCGCCGGAGAUCAGCGAAGGGAAAUGUAACCUUUUUGAUGGUGAAUGGAUACCAAAUCCCUCUGGCCCAGCCUAUACCAACAAAACUUGUCGAUUUAUUGAUGGUCACCAGAACUGUAUGUUGAAUGGUAGACCUGACAUGUCAUAUUUACACUGGAGGUGGAAACCAUAUGAGUGUGAACUGCCACAAUUUGAUGAAGUGAGAUUUCUAAGUGCUAUGAGGAACAAAUCCUGGGGUCUGAUUGGUGACUCCAUUCUUCGUAAUCAAGUUCAGUCACUGCUUUGCCUUUUGUCUAAGGCUGAAGAACCUAUUGAAGUGUACCAUGACAAGGAAUACAGAAACAGGAGAUGGCACUUCCAAUCAUACAACUUCACCGUGUCACUCGUCUGGAGUCCCUUCCUCACCAAAUCUGAGGUAUUUGAAAAUGAGAAUGGGCAAUCCACCUCUGAAAUCCAGCUUCACCUUGACAUACUUGACCCAAUCUGGACAAGUCAGUAUGAGACCUUCGACUAUGUUGUUAUUGCCGGUGGACAAUGGUUUCUCAAGGUCGCGGUCUACUGGGAGAAUGAUAGGGUGAUAGGCUGCCAUUACUGUCAGGACAAGAAGUUACGUGAACUUGGAUUUGAACACCUCUAUCGCAGGACUCUGCAACAAAUCUUCAGAUUCAUUGCAUCUUCAAACCACAAACCAGCUGUUCUCUUCAGGACUUGGGCACCCGAUCACUUCGAGAACGCGGAAUGGUUCAACGGGGGAACUUGUAGCCGGGUUUUGCCUUACAAGAAGGGAGAGUACAGCGGAAAAGACAUGGAUCGUAUCAUGAGACCAAUUGAACUUGAGGAGUUCAGGAAUGCCAUGGCGGCACUAGGUGGUUCGCGGAACUCUGCGAAUCUGAAGCUCUUGGAUACCUACAGCAUUUCGUCCAUGAGACCUGAUGGCCAUGUUGGGCCUUACAGGUAUCCAUUCCUGAAAGGUGACAAGGAUGCCAAAUCAGUUCAGAAUGAUUGCCUGCAUUGGUGUGUACCAGGCCCUAUCGACGCUUGGAAUGAUCUCGUUAUGAAGAUGGUAUUGGGCUGAUGAAGCCUCUGAGAUAAUACUGAAAGAGUAAAAUGCACCAGCGGUCCUUAAACUUGUCAAGAGGUUUCACUUAGGUCCACGAACUUGCAAAGCGCACAUCGAGGUCCCUAAACUUGGUUUAUUAUAUCAUCCUGGUCUAAAGCCACGUUUGACCGUGGUCUUGUCUACGUGGCAUGCCACGUGGACGAUGACAUGGAUUUUUUGAAAUUUUUUCUCCCUCCUUCCUUCUUUUUUUUCUCUUUUAUGAAAAGACGAUGACAUGGAUGACGUGUACAAGGCAUUUUCGUCUUUUCGACAAGGAAGAAAGAGAAAAAAAGAAUUAAGAAGGGAGAAAAAAAUAAAAAAAUUCCAUGUCAUCAUCCACAUGGCGUGCCACGUAAGCAAGAUCGCGGUUAAACGCGGCUUUGGACCGGGAUGAUACAAUAAACCAAGUUUAGGGACCUCGAUGUGCGCUUUGCAAGUUCGUGGACCUAAGUGAAACCUCCUGACAAGUUUAAGGACCGCCGGUGCAUUUUACUCAUACUGAAAAUGCAGGGUUUGUUUCAAGCACAUUCUGCAAAUCUCGAAUCAGGGUCAGUUUCCUGUGCUCGGUCGUGUACUGGUUUAACCGAAAUUUGUAACUAGUAAAACCUAAAUUUUGUGGUUGUAAAUCAUAUUUCGGUUUUGGGCCGGGAAGUGGCUUAUUGUUUAAUGUGUGCGGCUGUAACUUUUGGAAGUCAAAUCUGUUUGCCUGCUCUCA